AUGACCAGAGUAUCUAGAUAUAAAGAGCACAAGGAUGAGACGGAGGAUGAAAAGAUGGAAGUAAGGGAAAGGGAUGUACCACCACAUAUCGAUGCUAAUACAUUGACUCCGAAAUUCUUGAAAACUCUUGAGGAGAGGACGUUGCUCGAUCAGUCAUCUGCGAAGAGGAAGAAAAGAGAAGAGAGUAUACCGUCAGCUGUAGUGGAGAAAGAAAAGGUUCAGGUAUCGACUAAGAAAAGAAAGAAGAAGGACAGGAAGGCUGAAGAGGAUAGAAAGGAGGAGAUACCAUCCGAGAAGCAGGACGUGAAUCUCUUGUCGGAAGGACAUCCAGUUAAUUCGUCAAGCAAGAAAAGGAAAACAACGUCAGCUCAGGAAGUUCUUACUUCACCAAAAUCCAAGAAGAGAAAGACGAACUCUUCCAAUCCAGCCGCUGAUACUUCAAAGGGGUUUAACGUAUCACCUCAGCCCCAAUCAUCUUCCAUUUCCACCAAUCAGCCUUCUCAAAUCGCUCUCAUGCCUUCAACUUCCAAUUCCAACGACACCUUCAUUACUCGCAAUGGUACGAUCUUGACAUUCCAAAACAGUGGUCGAUACCUUCUUCACUGGGCUCAGGCAAUCGGACAUAACGAACUAGAAGUCAACUAUUGUAAUGUCCCAUCUACUUCGACGCACUCUCAGCCCGAGACGACGACGACAGUCAUCUCAAAGACCCUUCAGAGGAAGAUAAGGCAAGCUGAAUUGGAAGGAAGGGAAAUGCCCAAACCUGAUAUACAAGAACAUCAAGGUACACUCAGAGAAUGUUCAAUCCAUUUACCAAUUAUCGGCACGACCGUACAUUCCUCAAAACCUUUCGAGGGGGGUUGGAUGAACAAGAAAUUGGCGAAGCAAAGUGCUAGUUUUGAAUCAAUCAAGCUAUUGUACAAGUUGGGAAAGGUUGAUGAUAAUUUGAAGAUUAUCUUAUCAAGUUCAAAUUCAGAUUCUACCUCUACUUCUAGUUCUCUAAGUAGUACGAGUGAUAGUACCUAUUCUGAUUCGACUGGAAUAACAGAUAUUUCUAUCGAGGGAGGACCGGAACGAGAAGAGGAAGUUAGAUUAUUGAAAGAAACUCGAUUAAUGACUAAAUCCAGAAGUACCCAACGAUGGGACAAACAAAAAGAACUGAUCAAAGAUAGAUUGCCACCUUCACCUUCUGAAUCAAAUUCGUCGAAACCUACUGGACAAUAUGGUCUGGGAUCUUACCAAUCUUACAUUUCGCCUCCAUUCUGGGCCGAAUCUCCAUCACUCAGUACAGAUUGCUUAUACGCCACUACACUGGAAUUCAUCCUUGAUUCACCAUAUCAACAAACUCAUAAGAUCGACGAACAAUGUAGAAAGUUAUGUUUGGUGACUAGUAAACCACUGGAUAUUUUCGAUAAGGAUGGGAUGGUCGAAAUAAACUUGACAAUAGGAGAUCAACAAUCACCCCAAAGUACGGGAUAUGGUCCAAAGUUUAGACUGGUCGAUUAUGGGAAAUUGAAAUAUUGGUCUGAAGAAGAUUUAGACAAAGCUCUGAAGUUUACUGAAAGGUUGUUGAGAGCAGAGUUGCAGAAACCUUUCAAAGGUGACUUGGAACGGGUGAAAUGGUUGUUGGUCCCGCUCAAAUCUGACUUUAGACCGGGCUCAUCACUAGAUAAGGACGAUGAGGAAAAGAAACAAAAAAGCAAAGAGAAGAAGAAGAAGAGAAGAAGGAAGUUGAGUAAAAAAGAUAUAUCAUGGGAAGAAAUGACCAAAAUCGUCGACGGCCCACUAUACACCUCAAUCUACUUGGAUGAUAUGGACAUACUCAAGAAACAAUGUAUUGAUCGAAUGAUCACUUCCCCAUCUGAAUUCGCUCGACGAAAAUAUGUUACCUCCGUGCGAUUCGAUCUAUCCCUUGAUUCCCCCCAUCCUGUCAAUCCUGCCAAAACGAUCUUGGAGAGUUUACCUUCUGGCAUACCUCCAUUGGGAUAUAGUAAACAACCCAUCUUACAAUGUGAGAAUGUCCGACCAUACAAAUCAGGUGGAAUUAUGGAUUCGAUCAGCUACCCUCUAAAAGCUGAGAUAAGUUAUAUACCACCUGAAUUAACCAAGAUACAUUGCAUACCGUCUAGUAUAUAUCGGACGGGUACCGUCUUACCGUAUCUAUUUGACGAAUUGGACAAUCAUCUAAUUGCAAAUCAAGCGAAUAAAGACUUGUUCAAUGGGAUGAUUAAUAGAAGGUUGUUAAAGCAAGCAUUGACUACUCCUGGAUCGAAUACGAUUUUAUCGAAGAAUUAUGAGAGGUUGGAAUUCCUAGGUGACACGAUAUUGAAAUUUAUCAUUACACUAUAUUUCUAUUUGUUCGAUCUUCCGUCCAACUCAACGAAAUCUUCCAAUUUGGAUUCGAUUUCACUCUCAAGAAGUAUACGAAGUACGAGCGACGUUAACGGUCGUAGGACUACAGAAGAAUUCGAUCAAGAUCGACAUGUUAUAACUUCCAAUAGAUCGUUACAACACAACGCUCUCAAAGUAGGGUUGAAUCAGUAUAUAAGAACCAAAAGAUUCAAAUCGAAAGAAUGGUCACCGAAAGAUUGGAUUUUGAAUUGGGAUGAAUGGAGUAAGAAUAAUCAUGGUGGUGAAGUCAAGGGAAACUUUAUGCUGAAAGGGUUAGAUAGUAAGAAUGUAACAGGGAUGAACGAGUUGGGAGAUAAAAUCCUCGCGGAUGUACUAGAAGCUAUCAUCGGAGCAUCGUACCUGACCUCGAGAAAUCUCGACAAUGUAAUAUCCGUGACGCAUUCAUUAGGAAUACCUAUAAAAGGAUUAAAUUCAUGGUCCGAUAUAAAGCACCUUAUUCCCACGACCUCUUCACAUAAAGCUACCAAAGAUGAGAAAGUAUCGGGGUUAGGGGAAGCGAAAUAUAUGAAAUUCUUCAAGGCUAAGGGGAAGACUAUCUUGGGAUAUGAAUUCAAAGAUGAAAAUAGGUUGAACCAAGUUUUGAGCCUCGACAUGAACCAACCUGGACGUAAAGAUCUAUUUGAUAGAUAUCGGUUACUCGGCAAUGCGAUACUUGAUUAUUUCGUUGUUGAAUACCUAUAUGACAAAUACCCUGAGGAAGGUCCGUCUUCUUUGCAUCUCAUGAAGUCCUCGAGAUGCACCGAGGGCGCUCGUUCCGCUUUAUCCACUGAAUUAGGUUUGCUUGAUCUCCUAAAAGACGGCACCCUUGAAACUACUUUGCAAAUUACCAAAAUCCGAAAAGGGCUAAAAGCUGCUAAAGCCAAAGCGGAUCAACUUCGAUCGAAAGCCAAAGCUGCUGAGGUCGAUCAGGAUCCUGCCAAGGUCGGACUGGAAUAUUGGAUGGAAGUACCUACAUCUUAUACCACCUCAAACCCGCUCGAAGCUCUAUUCGGAGCUAUCCUCCAUGACUCGUCAUUCGAUCUCCAACCCCUUCGUCAGAUUUUCCAAGAAAAGUUAUCACCUUUCCUAGAGAGAUAUUGUACCCCACCUAAAAGUAAGGAUAGGAACCCUAAAGCCGAGUUGAUAAGGUUCCUCCAAUCGAGAGGAUGUAUAACUGAUAGAUUGAUGCUUGAGAAGAAGUUACUCGAUACUAACGGGAGAAAGGUAGAGGUGAUAGUGAAUUACCAUGGGGUCGAAGUGACUCGAGAGACGGUAGAGGAAGGUCUGGGGUUCAAAGCGGUGAAAGAGUGUUGUGCGUUCACUUUGGGUUUCUUGAGGGAUCAAGGUGGUUUUGAGAAGGUAUGCGAUUGUAGGACUAGGAAGAAUUAG